UUCUAUGCCAUCAUGUCUACCGUCAUAACACUGUGUAAUAGCGAUCUCAAAGUUAAAGCAUACCAAAGCAAGUGGAACGUGAAGUGAACUCGCAGCAAAAGAUUUAAGCUUGUGGUGAUAUCAGGUGUUCAUCAUUAUUGUUGUUCAAAACCUUCAAUCAAAAAGUAUUUAUUAAAGUGAGCAUAAAAAUGCCACGACGAGGACGUACAGCAUCGCCACCCCCAGCAGCUCGCAGGGCUCCUAUGGCAGCAGCCCCUGCUCCAGCUCCUGCCCCGAAACAACCCGUUGUGCAGCAUGCAGCCCCAGCUGCCGUUGCCCCACCAAUGGCUGCUCCAUCGCAGGGUCCUGGUUUGAUGGCGCAAAUGGCCGCAACAGCGGGCGGUGUUGCCAUCGGUUCAGCGGUGGGUCAUACUGUGGGCCAUGCGCUAACGGGAAUGUUCAGUGGUUCGGAUUCCAAGGAAGCUGCACCGGUAGCGGCCGCUCCACAGCAGUACGCACCUGCCCCCGCUCAUCAGGCCGGUGAGACGGGUCCGUGCGCUUGGGAGAUGAAGCAGUUCCUUUCCUGUGCCCAAAACCAAUCCGACUUGACGCUGUGCGAGGGCUUCAACGAAGCGUUGCGUCAAUGCAAAGUGCAGCAUCAUAUGUAGUUGUCUAACACACCAAUUAUGUUAGCUAAAUCAGUCGAAACAAAAAUGUCUUAAAGAUACGUUGUACAUUCGUUACGAAAGUGUUUAAUUUAACCUUUUUUUGUUAAUCACACACACACACCUGAUCCACCAAUAUUGCAUCUGAUGUUCGCAAAAAUGAAGGUUGUUUCAAAUGACUCCGCAUUAAGCACGCGACAACCACAAAAUAAUAGUUGAUUUCCUUUUGUUUUUUUCCACGAGUAGACUGUAACCCUAAAAAAGGGGUGAAUACAACAAAACCAUCCAUACAAUUUAUUUUAUCAGAUUAUUAUUUUUAUGUAUGGUUGCGUUGUUUUAGAAGGUGUGAUGCUAGUUCCUUCAGAUGGUGUGCCAGUUAGUGAAAAUAAAUUAAAAAAAUUAAA